CAGGCAUAUUCGCCAAUAAACUGGCAGAAUUAUUAAAUCGCGUGUAUUAAAUAAUUGUGACUGUUUCUAAAGCUUCUACGUGCACAUGUGAAGGGCAGGAUAAGGGGGUUAAAGACUCCUUAUACAGCUACCUAUUGGGUGCUUAUACAAUGAGGCUACGUUUAUUAUGAGACCGAAUAGACGCAUUGCUCUCAUCUGAAGAAUUGUGAUGUCCACAUCAUCCAAGAAUGGUUCUUAUUGGCGCGACACAAACUAUCGGCUUCCCGAUUCGGCGGUGACACCCCGUUCCGACAAACUUCCCCGGUAAGGUAGAUCGCACAUCCAAGUCAAACUCAAACCCGCAACCCCGAAUUCGUAUAUACCUAGGAGGUAGAAAGGUAAUUCAGUCGCGCAACGCUCUUUUGUCAGUACGGCCCCACGCGGCAUGGACUCGGAUUCCGACUGCGAUUCGUGGAAAUACCUACCGUUCGAGCUGGGGGAAUGCGAAGACCUCGAGAACUAUGAGCCGGGAGGCUUCCACCCGGUGCACCUCGGUGACGUGUACGAUGGACGCUACCGAGUCGUCCACAAGCUCGGGUUUGGUGGUUUCUCUACCGUCUGGCUUGCUCGAGAAACUAGCGAGAACCGAUGGGUCGCCUUGAAGAUCGUUGCCGCCAGAGAGUCGCCUUCGUACGAAGACCGCUCCGUGAUCGCGAGUAAUCCUAACAUUGCCGGGUCCUGUCUUUUUGUCACGGUUGACCGGCAGUUCUGGAUCGACGGUCCAAAUGGCCGACAUCUUUGUCUCGUAUUUCCGGUUCUGGGCCCGGACUUGUCUAAGCUUUCUAAGGGUAUCUAUUCGAGAAUGAAACCAGAGUUCGCCCGGGAGGUGUCUCUCGAGGCAGCUCGGGCUCUUGUACAGCUCCAUUCAAACGGGCUUUGUCACGGAGACUUCACUGCGAGCAACAUAGCGUUACGCCUUAUUAACGAGUUUGACUCGUAUGAGGAGGAUCAACUGUUUGAACUUUUCGGAAGUCCUCAAACCGCGCCCCUCCGAACCUACUCCGAGGAUCCCCCAGGGCCUCACGGACCCGAAUACAUUGUGGUCCCCUUAGACUUCUGCUCUUCUGCCACCAACGUGCUCAGCAGCAAAAUCUGCAUCAUCGAUUUUGACCAAUCGUUCACAAUCACACGCCCGCCAUCGGAACGGCCUGGGAUACCGGCCAAGUACCUAGCACCGGAAGUCGCGGUCGGACGACCCGCAAGCCCGGCAUCAGACGUCUGGGCCCUGGGAUGCGCCAUCUUUCGGAUCCGGUCAGGCGACGACCUUUUCUUUGACUACGACACUGAUACCCCGGCCGACGCGCUUAGGCAGAUUGUUAAAACCCUCGGCGAGCUUCCCGAGGAAUGGAGGCAGACGAAGUUUGACGAGGAGGGGGUUGCGGUUGUAGACGGGGAGGGCGAGCUAUUCUGGAGCUUGGAAGAGACGCGGCCGUUGGAGGACCGGGUGCGAGGGAUUAUUGAUGAGCCACCUGGUCUAUUCAUAAACCGUCUGGGAGAAGCAAUCAACCCUACGGACGAGAAGCCGGGUGCUGCCAUGUUCGACGACGAUGCCGCGCUCAGGGAACCCUACUCGCCCGCGUUAAGCUCGAUCGUAUGGAAGCCAACGGCCGUGUGUGUCGCCGGGACCUAUUUCAUAGCGUACUCGGACGAGCUGGAUGGCAUACUUGAGGCGUUCCCGAGGAUAUCGGAACUCGAAGCGUCGCUGCUGGUCGACCUCUUAUCGAAAGUCUUCAGGUAUGAUCCGGCGACGCGGCUUAAAGCGGAAGAGUUGGUUGCGCACCCUUGGUUUCAUUUACCUGUAGCCUCUAAAUCAGGGGUAGAUUUAAAGCAGUCCGGUAACCGAUGUUAGAGGAUUCUAAUAAUAAAAUGAGUUCAUAUUUCAUCAUUAAACUACUUCAGGUACUUUUUAAUUACCUACGCUUUUAUUCAAUCAAUGUAUAAUUUGGUUUAAAAUAGCAUUUUA